GCACUCGAUCGUGCAGGAUCGUCGGAUCUUCUAUUAUCAAAGCCGAAAAAGAAGAAAAAAAGUGUAGAGUUAUGUGCCGGUAACAGUACAUUAGGAGAAAUGAUCUAUAAGAGAAUAGAUUAUACAGAUCAGAUUAUUAAAAAAUCUAACAAGUUGAAUUAAACGAAUUAAAUGAAUUAAAUGAAUUAAAAAUGGAUCAUCUAGUGAUGUUAAUAUUAAGUGCAAUGUCAACUGGCAGUUGAGCAAUAUUGUGACCUAGUGACACCGGAAGUGUUUUUUUAAAAUAAGAGAAUGAUUUUCCCAUACUCUUGAUGAAGAAUAUUGUGUUUUAAUUUUCGGGGGUGGAAAAAAUUACUUUGAUUCAUUAGAUGGUGCACAUGGGUGGUCGGUUGUUGCGGCUCUCGGGUUCACCAGCGAGCGAUUGACCCCAACAACAAGUACCUACAUGCACGAGUACCUGGCCCAGGCCACGAGCUUCUAUAGCUGGCUAUGGGCAAGCACUUAAUAACUCACUUGGAAUCUCGAGAUAUCGAUAAGAAAUUCCGUGUGGAGUCCAUUGACGACGGUGAUAGCGCGAUUAACCAGUACGGUGAAAAGUUUCUCAGUGAAAAGAGGACCACCCUGUCGUCAAAACAAUCUCUAUCGUUAUCAGCAUUAUCAUCAUUAUCAUCAUCAUCACUUUUCAAUAAAAGAACAAUCAUCAAUUUCUCAACUAGUUUUCUCAUCAUUAUUAUAUUAUUUCUAACGUGUACUGUGAAUUGUGUACCGAUGCCGAACAACGAAAAAAUAAACAAUUACGAUCAGACUUUCGAGAUGAUCAAUGUGAAUCGUUUUGCAUUUGAGGAUAACGAUGUCCUCGAGUAUGAUGUUAAACCACGUCUCGAGGAACGAGACCUGGAGACGAUUAGGUCCAGCAUCGUGGAGGGUCUUGGUCUCCAGAGGAUACCUGAUCCGUCCAAGGCGAAUAUAAGUCAAGUCGAAUAUGAAAGAGCACACAGAGACUACCUAACAAGGAUACACACGUCCCAAGACUAUGGACACGAAAGACGAAAAAGACUUUUCACAUUUCACCCAUCAGAGCAUCCUGGAAAUGGAAGCUGCUGUAGUAAUUUCUUGUCGGAUGACAGCAGCAGUCGCCUCCUCACCUUUCACCUCAACAUCCCCGACAGGUCUCAUUCCAGUGUGGACCAUUCGACUCUCAGGUUCCUCCUCAGUAGUCACAAUCAUCAGAUUGAAACUCUCAACAUUCUAAUUUACGAGUCACUCCAAAAUGGUGCCGCUCGACGAUUAAUCUCCAAAGGCAAGUUACUAGAGCCUCGGGCACCAAGAUGGCUCGAAUUCGAUUUAACCGAGGCCGUUGCCAGUUGGCACGAGGAGGAGAAUAAUCAUUCCAAAAGUGAUUAUCUCACUUUACAAUUGGAAUUCCAGGAGAAGGGAAUUUCGAUAAAUUGCAAUGUCCUAUCGCCAGUGCUCAAUGUUUUUACCCAUCAACAUUAUUAUCAUUAUCAUCAUCAUCAUCGCAAUAAACGUGGAGCACACGAUCAAUUAUUAUCGUUGCACAAGGGUCGUCGUACAGAGUGUCGUGGUGAUAGUAAAAAAUGUUGUCGACAUCAAAUGACAGUCAUUUUUAAGGACCUUAAGGGUUUUGAAUUUAUCAUUCAGCCAAAGACAUUUGACGCUGGUUAUUGUAAGGGAAGGUGUCCGCCCCGUUAUAAUCCGGCGCAUCAUCACGCCUUGCUGCAGAGUCUCAUUUGGAAGGAGGACAGAAGAAAGGCGCCACGACCAUGUUGUGCACCAAGUAAACUCGCCGAACUUGAAAUUCUCUAUUUCGAUGAAAACGAUCCGACAAAAUUAAAAGUCUCCAAUUGGAAGAACAUGAAAGUUCUCGAGUGCGCGUGCUCUUGAGGAGACGUUAUGUACUCAUUUUUAUAACAAAAAAAAAAUCUUUUUUAAGUGAUGAUGUCUUUAUCAAAAAAAAGUCGCACACCAAAGAAUCUAUAACUUUUGUCGCGUGAGAAUCUUGCAUUUCGAGAAAUAAACACGAAAGAGUGCCUUUCAAUCUUUGGCAACUUUAAAUUUCAUCAGUACGAAAUGCGUGGAGUGGACCUUGUUCCAAAAAAAAGUGACAAAUGUGUCAUUAAAGAAAACCACUUUACUUGAGAUACUAAACAGCAACAGAUACUUCCAGAUGUGAAAAACAACCCAAUUUAUUUAAUUGACUAAUUUAUUUGGAAAUUCAGAAAACGAUUGCCGAAUCGUUUUCAGAAUAUAGGUACUGUAUUGUAAUUACGCAUACGAUCAGUAAAUAUAACACAAAAUAAACAUUGAAAAAAAGUUCCGGUUUUACCAGAAAACCUAUUUUUAACUAGAAUUUCGUGUUAAAUAUGCCCUAACCACAACUUUUUUUCAAGUGGAGUUUAAAAUCCUACACAGAGAACGAUAAUAAAUCAAAAUUUGUGCUUUACGAAAACACAGUAAAUUACCAGAUAUUAAAAAGAGUUGUAGCUUAAAUUAACACCGAAAAAGAUUAAAAUAAUCCACUUUUGGAUAAAUUUUUUCAAUUACGAAAAUUGGUCUAAAUCAAAACCAAAUCAUUUUGAAAAAGUAAUCCUUCGGUAUAUACACGGUAAAAAAUGAAUCUUCAGGGUUGCUAUGCAACCUGAAAACCUGGAAUUGUCAGGGAAUUUUAUAAACCUUGAAAAAAAGCCUGGAAAAGUCAGGGAAUUUUUAUCGAAAUCCUGAAAAAUUGUUGUU